CGCGGAGCCCCUGAGCUCGAGCAGGAUCUUCAGGCAGAGAGAGGAGAGAAGCGGAGAGGAGGCAGAGUCGUGCUGUUAGAACCCGCCCUCCCCGCGGAUCUCAUUUCCCCCCCUAAAACCAAUCCCCCUCCUUCUCUCCUCCUCCUCCUCCGCCUCCCUCUCCCUCAGCUCUCAGUCCUCCACUCUCUCCCCCGCGCCGUGUGUCCCACUCUGUCGGCUGAAUCAUGGAUCUCGCCGCGAGCUGCGCGCUGCUGCUUCUGUUCUCCGCCCUGCGCGUGCUGCUCAGCGUCGAGCUGGACGCGCUCGAGCCCACUUACUACGAGGAGCCACCGGAUGCCAUCGACUACAAAGACCCGUGUAAAGCAGUGGCCUAUCUGGGGGACAUAGCGCUAGAUGAAGAAGACAUGCGAAUGUUUAAAGUGGACCGCAUUGUGGAUGUGGUCCAGAGAACCGUCAUAAACCUCAACCAGACAGACACAGGUUUGUCUGGCAAUGAGACGAGUCCAAACACUGCGGCAUCCAAUCGGCAGAGUUCCCGUCGUAGGAGGAGGGCGGCAACAUCUAGACCAGAGAGGGUGUGGCCCGAUGGAGUCAUCCCUUAUGUCAUAAGCGGGAACUUUAGCGGUAGCCAGCGGGCUAUAUUCAGGCAGGCUAUGAGGCACUGGGAGAAGCACACAUGUGUGACCUUCAUCGAGAGAACCACAGAGGAGAGUUACAUCGUCUUCACCUACCGGCCGUGUGGGUGUUGUUCGUACGUGGGCCGCAGGGGCGGGGGGCCACAGGCCAUCUCCAUUGGAAAAAACUGUGACAAGUUUGGAAUCGUGGUGCAUGAACUUGGUCAUGUGAUUGGGUUCUGGCACGAGCACACACGACCUGACCGAGACGACCAUGUCAGUAUCAUACGAGACAACAUUCAGCCAGGGCAGGAGUACAACUUUCUCAAGAUGGAGCCUGGUGAAGUGGACUCUCUUGGGGAAGUCUAUGACUUUGACAGCAUCAUGCACUAUGCCAGAAAUACAUUUUCCAGGGGCAUAUUCCUUGACACUAUUCAACCACGUUACGACAUAAAUGGAGUCCGUCCACCCAUUGGCCAGAGGACCAGGCUGAGCAAAGGAGACAUCGCACAGGCACGCAAACUUUACAAGUGUCCAAGAUGUGGAGACAGCCUGCAGGAAAGCAGUGGCAACUUCUCCUCCCCCGGGUUCCCUAAUGGCUACUCGGCGUAUAUGCACUGUAUCUGGAGAAUCUCAGUCACGCCAGGCGAAAAGAUCAUUCUGAACUUUACCUCUAUGGACCUCUAUCGGAGCCAUCUGUGCUGGUACGACCAUGUGGAGAUCAGAGAUGGAUAUUGGAGGAAAGCUCCCCUAAAAGGUCGUUUCUGUGGAGACAAGCUUCCUGAGCCAAUUAUAUCAACAGACAGCCGUUUAUGGAUUGAGUUCCGAAGUAGCAGCAACUGGGUGGGGAAAGGCUUUUCUGCUGUUUAUGAAGCCAUCUGCGGUGGUGAAGUGAAGAAGGAUAAUGGGCAGAUCCAGUCUCCGAACUACCCCGAUGACUACAGACCGAAUAAAGUCUGUGUGUGGAAAAUUACUGUUGCCCAGGGAUACCAUGUAGGCCUCACGUUCCAGUCAUUUGAGAUUGAGAGGCAUGACAGCUGUGCGUACGACUAUCUGGAAGUUCGGGACGGCAAUUCAGAGAACAGCCCCCUGCUGGGCCGCUUCUGUGGCUAUGACAAGCCUGACGACAUCAAGACCAGCUCGAACCAGCUGUGGAUGAAGUUUGUGUCUGAUGGCUCAGUCAACAAGGCCGGCUUUGCUGCUAACUUCUUCAAAGAGAUGGAUGAAUGUUCCAGACCAGACAAUGGUCGUUGUGAGCAACGCUGUGUCAACACACUGGGCAGUUACAAGUGUGCCUGUGACCCAGGCUAUGAGUUGGCUGCAGACAAACGAAGCUGUGAGGCUGCCUGCGGCGGCUUCAUCACCAAGCUGAACGGUUCCAUCACCAGCCCCGGCUGGCCCCGGGAGUAUCCACCCAACAAGAACUGCAUCUGGCAGCUGGUGGCCCCGACGCAGUACCGCAUAACGCUGCUUUUUGAUGUCUUCGAGACCGAGGGCAACGAUGUAUGCAAGUAUGACUUUGUGGAAGUCCGGAGCGGGCUCUCUGCAGACUCCAGGCUACAUGGGAAGUUCUGUGGUGCUGAGAAGCCAGAGGCCAUCACCUCUCAGUACAACAACAUGCGCAUUGAGUUCAAAUCAGACAACACCGUCUCCAAGAAGGGCUUUAAGGCACAGUUCUUCUCAGAUAAAGACGAGUGCUCGAAGGAGAACGGAGGAUGUCAGCACGAGUGUGUGAACACUUUUGGAAGCUACAGCUGCCAGUGCAGGAGUGGCUUCGUACUGCACGAGAAUAAACACGACUGCAAAGAAGCCGGCUGUGAUCACACGGUGAACAGUGUGAGUGGGACCAUUACCAGCCCCAACUGGCCCGAUAAAUACCCCAGUAAGAAGGCUUGCACCUGGGCCCUCUCUACCACACCAGGACAUCGCAUCAAAAUCGCUUUCAAUGAAAUCGACAUGGAGCCUCAUUUAGAGUGUGCCUACGACCACAUUGAGAUCUAUGAUGGACGGGACGGUAAAGCUCCCAGCCUGGGACGCUACUGCGGUUCCAAGAAACCUCCUCCGGUCAUGUCAAGCGGGAACAAGAUGUUCAUCCGCUUUUUCUCCGACAAUUCUGUGCAGAAGAAAGGAUUUGAGGCCUCACAUUCUGCAGAGUGUGGAGGUCGACUGAAAGCAGAAGUGAAGACAAAAGACCUCUACUCUCAUGCCCAGUUUGGGGACAACAACUACCCUGGUGCAUCAGACUGUCAGUGGGUGAUCUCAGCUGAGAAAGGCUACGGGGUGGAGCUCAUCUUCCAGACAUUCGAGAUUGAGGAGGAAGCAGACUGCGGCUAUGAUUACAUGGAGUUGUUCGAUGGAGCUGACACCAAGUCCCCGAGACUGGGCCGCUACUGUGGAUCAGGGCCUCCUGAAGAGAUCUACUCUGCCGGUGACUCCAUCGUCAUCAAGUUCCGCUCAGAUGACACAAUCAACAAGAAGGGAUUCCAUGUGCGCUACACCAGCACCAAGUUUCAGGACACUCUCCAUUCACGUAAGAAGUGACCCCUAGUGGCCGGGAGGGGCCGAGCAGGGCCAAGGGGGAGGAGCAGGGGCCCCAGGGGGAGGGUCCGGUCCGUCGCUCGGAGCCCCCCGGCCGCCAAGACCACCCAGACUCGACGGACCAGCCGCAAGAACGCCAACCGCACCUCAGUAGUUCCCAGGGGCUCUGGUGCCCCCUACUGACUGUGAGGAGUAAAGCCAUUCCGCAGUAGACCUUGUUUUUAACUUUUUUAUGAUAUUGGUGGGAUAUGAAGGGUGGGUUUUUUGGGGGUAGGAAGAAAAGAAAGGACUGUAUCCAAACUAGAUGGAUAAUGGGGGGGGGGGACUGGGGUGGGCACAUGGCUAGAGGAGUAUAGAUCAUAUACUGAUCACCAUUGGAGUCUUCUUUUUUGUUUUUCUUUUUUUAAAUGAGCCGAAAACAUGAGCAAACACACACGCACACACUCAGAGGGCCCUCAGGAUCUCAAGUAGGAUAAUGAAGCGGUCAGCUCAUACUGAGCCAGGCAGCCACAUCACACCACACCACAAACGAAGACUGAGACAGGCAAAAAAAAAAAAGGUCAGAUCAAUGAACGUAUGGAUGGAUGAAUCAAGUGAUGGGUCGACAUUGUGAUUUUUCCUCAGCUCAUUACAGGAAAUCUCAGCCUUGUUUCCUGGUCGUUCUCACGUUCCUCAUUCCUAGUCCACACACAGUGGCACCCAACUGGUUUCAUAUCAUCUGAUACUUGAGUUAAUUGACACUGUACGAAGUCAAAAAGAUACAUGUAAUAACAGCUAUCAGGACAAAACAAACUAAAACACCACCACCAGCUGCACCAGCAUUUGUAAUGUUUUCCUUGUUUUUUGUUUUUCCGUUUAAUUGUUUCCUUGGUUAGCCAUCCAAGAAAGCUUCCUUCCAUAUUACCGUAAUCGAGGAAAAUUAAAAGAAGCAGUUAUCGUAUUAAAAGACUAAUAAACAAAAUGUGGCCCAUG